GAAUAAUAGAAUAUGCCAAAUUAUAAACAAACAUCUGUAUUUCAAUGGAUUCCUUCACAUCGAUGUUGACAAUUUUUGCACUUUAUAUACUUUGUAUGAUCCACAUUUGCUCGGCGAGUUUCAACGGUAGAAGAAAUGUGCUUGUAUUUAUUGCAGAUGAUGGUGGAUUUGAAAUGCAAGUUUACAAUAACUCUGUGUGCCAAACACCAAACCUGAACGCACUGGCUGAACGAAGCGUGAUUUUUGAUCAUGCAUUUACAUCUGUGAGUAGCUGCUCUCCUAGCCGCUCAGCCAUCUUAACAGGUCAGAAUCAACCUGCAAAAUUGUCGUUUGUAUAGAUGUAUUACUAUAUUCUCUCAAAACCAUGUACAGUGCAGGUAUAUAGCAUAUCUAUGGUAUAUAUAGGCAUACAGCCAAAUCUGGUAGGAGGGGUGGUGUGGUGUGUGUGUGUGUGGGGCGGGGGGCUGUGGUCAUUGAGUUUUGGUCAUGGUUCAGGGUGCGACCGUUGACCAAUUGCGAACGAGCUACAGCAGCAAGGCACUAGUCUGUAGUCUUGCUAAUCUAAUUUUGCCUAUAUAUUUUGAUUGCCUCCCCCCCUUGCUCCCAGCUUUGUCAAAUUUAGAAAGGGUAGGGGUACACACCCUCUGUAUCUGUCUAGUUCAAAUUAAAAUUCUUCUUGGGUAUAGUGUGCCCCUGACUGGAAAGUUUGGCAAUUGCAUACCUGCAGAGAUUUCAAAUAACUUUGUUGAUACAGAUUUUAUGUAAAUUUACCUGCCAGUAUAUGUGCUCAUGAAUAUUAUUUUGAGUACCUUAACAUGCUUGAAUCAAUGGCCCCCAUCUUAAAUUGAAGAGAACCCCCAUUCCCAUGUGCCUCAAAGGUGUUACGCCAUUGGCUUGAAUUGUAGCUAGUAUGUAUAUGAUUGUUAAUUAAAUUGAUAUAAAACUUCAAACAAACUAAGUUUACCCAUUUUUACCCCACAAGAUUUUAUAUUCCUAAUAUAUAUGAAUAUAUUUUAUAUUCUAAACUGUUACAACCUACUUGUAAUGUCUUUGUCAAUCAGAUUUCUAUCAGAGACCCUAAGAAAGUGUUGGGAGUUUCCCCCCUUUGUCCCUCCCAAGUUCCCAACUAUCCACUGGACUUCCACCACUGCACAGAAAUUUCUCUGCUGCUUUUACUGCAACAAGCUCUCUCAUUUCCCUGAGCUAAUUAGUGGCAGUUGCUAGGGGAGGAAUUAAUCUACCAUGACAAAAGUUGGCAAACAAUGUCUGAACUAUUAACCCAAUGAGUGCCAGCACUCUCCCCUUGACAAGUAAAAUCGUCUGGUGUUAGACAGAAUAAAAUAAUUAAAGUGGGGCGCAAUGCUUAAUUGGUUAAGUUAUAUAAUUGUACCCUGGCUAAUACAUCUUACGGUACGUGACUUCUUUCUGACUUGCAUUAGACAGAAUAAAAUAUUAAUUAAUAAUUAAAAUUAUUAUAAUAAUUAUUUUAUUCUGUCUAAUGUAAGUCUAGACAAUUUUACUUGGGGGGGGGGGUGUGCUAGUGCUCAAUCAGUCAUUAGGCCAGGCACUUUAGGAUAACCAUUUUCUGCAAUUUUGUGUUUGACUGAUAAUCAAGAGUUUUCUUAUAUGCGCAAAUUUUUUAAAUUAAGUGAAAACUGACUUUGACAAAAUGCUUUCAACACAAAUUUAUAGAACUUACAAGACUAGUACUCAGUGUACCACUUACAGUACAGUUAGUAACUUAGUAUAUCUUCAUGUUCGCGAUGUUCCACACACAAUAUGGUUAGAGUUAAUCUUAGAUUGUGAUUGUGGUGAAAAUCAAAGACAAAUUAUUCAUUUGCAAAACAUGAGGAUGACACACUACCAAAAUGAGUGCAGAACUCUAGUACAAAAGCACCAUGUCAUUCACAUUCAGAGCUUGAAAUUAGAAAAUCUCUGCAGGAGAGUGGGGUGAUGUCAAUAAACUUGGUAUCUGGUGUCGUAAUCUCUUAAUAACACCUUAACAUUCACCCUAACCCCCGCAACGAAUGCCUGUGAGUUAGUCACACUAUUAUUCUUCUAGAUCUAGACUAUAACCAUCUGUUCAAAUAAAACUGACAAUGAAAACAAUAAUUUUUAAUUACUAUGAUUACUAAUCUUGUUUUCUUAAAGGUUUACCUCAACACCAAAAUGGAAUGUAUGGCUUGCACCACCAAGUACAUCAUUUUAAUUCAUUUGAUGCCGUCAAAAGCUUGCCCAAACUCUUGCAGGAUUCUGGCAUAAGAACAGGCAUUAUUGGCAAAAAACAUGUUGGACCAGAAAAAGUAAGCAGUGAUAGAAACUCAAUGAUGUCCCUCAAAUGCCCCGGUUAUAUUUUAAUUAAUUAUAACCAUGUUUAAUAUCGUAUAAAGCAGGGCCUUUUUAACAUAUAAGCAAAGCUCCCCCGGUCUCCAUUAAUCCUCCUUCCAUUAAUUAAAAGGCCCAAUCCACACGUAAGCGUACUGACUCGUUUGUUUCCACAAACAUUUUGUUGCG